AUGACGUCUAUUAGUGGAUCUCACUCUGUAGCUCGCAGACUAAUGACGUCAGGAUCUCACUCUGUAGCUAGCAGACUAAUGACGUCUAUUAGUGGAUCUCACUCUGUAGCUCGCAGACUAAUGACGUCAGGAUCUCACUCUGUAGCUCGCAGACUAAUGACGUCAGGAUCUCACUCUGUAGCUAGCAGACUAAUGACGUCAAUUAGUGGAUCUCACUCUGUAGCUCGCAGACUAAUGACGUCAGGAUCUCACUCUGUAGCUCGCAGACUAAUGACGUCAGGAUCUCACUCUGUAGCUAGCAGACUAAUGACGUCAAUUAGUGGAUCUCACUCUGUAGCUAGCAGACUAAUGACGUCAAUUAGUGGAUCUCACUCUGUAGCUCGCAGACUAAUGACGUCAGGAUCUCACUCUGUAGCUAGCAGACUAAUGACGUCUAUUAGUGGAUCUCACUCUGUAGCUACCAGACUAAUGACGUCAGGAUCUUACACUGUAGCUCGCAGACUAAUGACGUCUAUUAGUGGAUCUCACUCUGUAGCUCGCAGACUAAUGACGUCAGGAUCUCACUCUGUAGCUAGCAGACUAAUGACGUCUAUUAGUGGAUCUCACUCUGUAGCUCGCAGACUAAUGACGUCAGGAUCUCACUCUGUAGCUAGCAGACUAAUGACGUCUAUUAGUGGAUCUCACUCUGUAGCUCGCAGACUAAUGACGUCAGGAUCUCACUCUGUAGCUAGCAGACUAAUGACGUCUAUUAGUGGAUCUCACUCUGUAGCUCGCAGACUAAUGACGUCAGGAUCUCACUCUGUAGCUCGCAGACUAAUGACGUCAGGAUCUCACUCUGUAGCUAGCAGACUAAUGACGUCAAUUAGUGGAUCUCACUCUGUAGCUCGCAGACUAAUGACGUCAGGAUCUCACUCUGUAGCUAGCAGACUAAUGACGUCUAUUAGUGGAUCUCACUCUGUAGCUACCAGACUAAUGACGUCAGGAUCUUACACUGUAGCUCGCAGACUAAUGACGUCUAUUAGUGGAUCUCACUCUGUAGCUACCAGACUAAUGACGUCAGGAUCUUACACUGUAGCUCGCAGACUAAUGACGUCUAUUAGUGGAUCUCACUCUGUAGCUACCAGACUAAUGACGUUAAGGAUCUCACUCUGUAGCUAG